CGGCGUCUUCAGGGGCGCCCAGUGCAGGAUGGUGCUGGAGGCGGCGGCGGCCGUGGUGGCGGCGGCGGCGUUGUUGGCGGCAGCGGGAGGGGGAGCGGUGGCGGCAGCGGCGCCCACGGGUGGUAUAAAAUGGCGGAUUUCGAAGAGUUGAGGAGUUGCUGUACCAUUUUCAUCCCUACCAGCAAUAUAUGGAGUGAUCCAGUUUCUCUACAUCCUUGCCAGCAUUUGGUGUUAUCACUGUUUUUCAUUUUAGCCAUUCUGAAUAUGGUUUCUAGUUUUAGGGUUUCUGAACUACAAGUGUUAUUAGGCUUUGCUGGACGGAAUAAAAGUGGACGCAAACAUGACCUCCUAAUGAGGGCGCUGCAUUUAUUGAAGAGUGGCUGCAGCCCUGCGGUUCAGAUUAAAAUCCGAGAAUUAUAUAGACGUCGAUAUCCUCGGACUCUUGAAGGACUUUCUGAUUUAUCCACAAUCAAAUCAUCGGUUUUUAAUUUGGAUGGUAGCUCAUCUCCUGUAGAACCUGACUUGGCUGUGGCUGGAAUCCACUCAUUGCCUUCCACUUCAGUUACACCUCACUCACCGUCCUCUCCUGUUGGUUCUGUGCUGCUUCAAGAUACUAAGCCCACAUUUGAGAUGCAGCAACCAUCUCCUCCGAUUCCUCCUGUCCAUCCUGAUGUGCAGUUAAAAAACCUGCCCUUUUAUGAUGUCCUUGAUGUUCUCAUCAAGCCCACAAGUUUAGUUCAAAGCAGUAUUCAGCGAUUUCAAGAGAAGUUUUUUAUUUUUGCUCUGACACCUCAACAAGUUAGAGAGAUAUGCAUAUCAAGGGAUUUUUUGCCAGGUGGUAGGAGAGAUUAUACAGUCCAAGUUCAGCUGAGACUUUGCCUGGCAGAGACAAGUUGUCCUCAAGAAGACAACUAUCCCAAUAGUCUAUGUAUAAAAGUAAAUGGGAAGCUGUUUCCUUUGCCUGGGUAUGCACCACCACCGAAAAAUGGGAUUGAGCAGAAGCGCCCUGGGCGCCCCUUGAAUAUUACAUCUUUAGUUAGGUUGUCUUCAGCUGUGCCAAACCAGAUUUCUAUUUCUUGGGCAUCUGAAAUUGGAAAGAAUUACUCCAUGUCUGUGUAUCUUGUACGACAGCUUACAUCAGCCAUGUUACUACAGAGAUUAAAAAUGAAAGGUAUUAGAAACCCUGAUCAUUCCAGAGCACUAAUUAAAGAAAAACUUACUGCAGAUCCAGAUAGUGAAAUUGCUACAACUAGUCUUCGGGUAUCCUUAAUGUGCCCUUUAGGAAAAAUGAGGCUGACAAUCCCAUGCCGUGCAGUGACUUGUACACAUCUACAGUGCUUUGAUGCUGCCCUUUAUCUACAAAUGAAUGAGAAGAAGCCCACCUGGAUUUGUCCUGUGUGUGACAAAAAAGCUGCCUAUGAAAGUCUAAUACUAGAUGGGCUUUUUAUGGAAAUUCUCAAUGACUGUUCUGAUGUGGAUGAAAUAAAAUUCCAAGAAGAUGGUUCUUGGUGUCCAAUGAGACCGAAGAAAGAAGCUAUGAAAGUUUCCAGCCAGCCAUGUACAAAAAUAGAAACUUCAAGUGUACUCAGUAAGCCUUGUUCAGUGACUGUAGCCAGUGAGGCAAGCAAGAAGAAAGUGGAUGUUAUUGACCUAACAAUAGAAAGCUCUUCUGAUGAAGAUGAAGAACCUCCUGCCAAAAGGAAAUGCAUCUUUAUGUCAGAAACACAAAGCAGCCCAACCAAAGGGGUUCUCAUGUAUCAGCCAUCUUCUGUAAGGGUGCCCAGUGUGACUUCGGUUGAUCCUGCUGCUAUUCCGCCUUCAUUAACAGACUACUCAGUACCAUUCCACCACACGCCAAUAUCAAGCAUGUCAUCAGACUUGCCAGGUUUGGAUUUUCUUUCCCUUAUUCCAGUUGAUCCCCAGCAGUACUGUCCUCCUAUGUUUUUGGAUAGUCUCACCUCACCCUUAACAGCAAGCAGUACGUCCGUCACCACCACCAGCCCCCAUGAAAGCAGUACUCAUGUUAGUUCAUCCAGCAGCAGAAGUGAGACAGGGGUCAUAACCAGCAGUGGAAGUAACAUUCCUGACAUCAUCUCAUUGGACUAAAGGCGGACUCAUUUGAUUCUGGGAAUCAUUCAUCAAAACUGCUCUUUCUUGGAUCUCUGGUCCAUGGAUGCUAUUUUUUUGGCAAUUUGAUAUUUAUUGAAACGUCAAAUGGAUUCUUUUGCUUUCUGAGAGAUGAACCCAGAUGACUGAAGCAAGAACCAAAUGACACACAAGGACUUUUCGUAUUCAUGUUGAGCAUCAGAUACAUUUCAGCCAUAACAGUGUCUUCUUGAGCAGUGGAUUUCAAUUUCAUACAUUACUGGAUGGAUUCUACAAGGCAGUUUAAAGGUGUUUUUUUGAGGGGGGGUAUAAUAAACAGCAAUAAAAAUUAUGUAAAUAUUUAAACUUUUCUAAUUAAAAAAGAUGUAAUCACUGAUUCUAAAAUGACAGCAACUUCUGUUUAAUCCAAUGUGAAAGAAAAAAUAUAUGGAAAGAAGUCAUGUUUGCUAAAUGAGUCUUUUCCAUGGAGAUUUAUUUUUUUGUUGCAGUAAUGAAAUUUUGAUAAGUGGCCAAAGCUUGAGUUUCACUAUUCUUUCACUCUUCAUGAUUCCAUCAAAGAAAAAUGGCCUUUGUGGUGUUCUUUUUUCCCUGGUUGUCAUUUACAUUUUGAUUCUGUUUGCUCAUGAAUGCAGAGGAAGUUCUAGGAUUUGGCUGCUCUUUAUUAGUGAUUAUGUCUAAGAACACUAUGCAGAUUCUGCCCUGACAUGAUGUAUUAUUUUUGGUAACUGUACAUUCUCAUUCUAGAGUUUUCUAUAAAUUUAAGGCUUGCCUUCUUAAAAAAUUCUAUGCAGCCUUUGAAUGAAAUAUUUUUGAGGUAAGGUGUGGCUAGAAAGUUUGUUCGAAUUUUCUUUCCAGUGUCUAGAAAUGUUGAUAGGAGUGGAAGGACAGAUUUAGGGAAGGUGGAAAGAACAAAAUUUAGUCUCUCCCUAAGAAUUUAAUUUGCUCAUUGAUUUUAUAGGAAAAUAUACAAAUCACUGUUGAAACUGUUCACAUUUUAGGGGCAGUGACAUAAAAAUUGUUUUAGGUCUUCAGUCAUAUUUUUUGCCAGUGUAAUUUCUGUCUCAUGGAAUGAUUUUCAAAAGGAAAAGACAAUAGCGAGGAAAGGGGACAUUAUUAAUUUCUUUUUCCUUUUUUUCAGUCUUUCUUUAAACCACAAAAGAUGAAACAAAAUGAGAAAUGUUUGAACUGAACAGUGAGGAAGGGUUUGGGAGAGGGGCAUGAAACCCACUUCAUGUCUCAUUCCAUGGUAUCCAAAAACACUCCACCCCUCUAGCUUUACUGGGUCCACUUUGAAAACCACUCUCCUAUCAUUUGUUUGAUUUUAAACCACUCAUAAACUGGGUUUUCCUUGUAGAGAAACAUUUUUAUCCAAAUUUUAUACUUUAUUUCAUUUGGCUUCUUAAAUUAUCUAGAAGCUAGCAUUUUCUUAUGUUGAGCUUUCUCUCCUAGGCUGUGUUCACUUUUCAUAGCUAGUCUGACGAGUCUCCUUCUCAAGCAUAGGUGCCCAUAUGAGGGCUGUCCACUUGCAGUUUAACGAGGACACCUUGCUUCAGAAUUGGUGCAACUCCAGGGAGCUCCCUGCUUGGGUUUUGAUGCUGUCUCAAGUUUUCAUGGCAUUUGUUGCCUCUUUUCGUGUUCUGUAAUGUGUGAUUUUCCACAUUAUACCUUCUUCGGCUCCGUCAUCCACUUAUUUAAUGUAGUAUCCCUUUGUGUGGGCUGCAUGUUAAAGACAUGGAAAAGCAAAGUCAGCCCUGACUCUUGGAGCACUAGUUGCACCAUAGUUGCCAGUUUCAUCUUUUAACUGUUAGGUUUCAAUCCAGACUACAGUCUUAUUUUUGGUCCAGAUACAGAGAACUACUUAUUGGUAGGAUUUCGUGUUGCUGCUGUAAGUACAGAUGCAAUUUCUGUUAACUCUGUAAUCAGAAAAAGUAACUUGAUUUGUGUGGUAUAAUUUGUUAACAAAGAAAUAAUGCAUAUUUGUUAUCAUUUUGUGACCCUUUAGAUUCUCGGAAACUCCUUUUCUCCCAGUUGAAUCAGCAAAGUUUUAUAAAGUAAUGAAAAUAUUAAUACUUUACUUGGUUCUUGUAACUGAUAACCUCUCCUUUUGUAGUUGUGAUGUUUCCUUGUUACUGUUUUAUGUGAACAGUUUUAGUGUUCAUUUUUGGUGCUUUACACUGAACUUAUGUAUAAAUUUUUAUUUUACCUCAGGCAACUAACACUUUUGAAAAUAUACUUUCAAGUUUUUAAUGUUGGGGUUACCUUUUGUAGAUGUCUUUGAAGAUACUUUUUGGUAUGCUUUUGGCACUAUGACAACAACAUGGUUUCUAAGCUAUUACCCUUGAUUUAAUAUGUUCACUUUAAUUAUUUUUACAAAGAUCCUGAUAGCAGUGUAUUUUGCUAACCCAGAUUCUGCUUAACAAAGUAUAAUGGAAUAAAAAGCUGUUACUUAGAA